AUGGAUGGGGAGACAUACUUCGGUGAUGACUUCGGCCAGAAGAUUGAUCUCACGGUCCGCAUCCGUGAGAUCUUACGCAAUUACCCUGAGGGCACAUCCGUCUUGAAAGAGAUGGUGCAGAAUGCGGAUGAUGCUGGUGCCACGGAGGUUAAUUUCUGUCUGGACUACCGUCAUCAUCCAGUCACGGGGCUUGCAUACGAAAAACUUGCACUGUUUCAAGGUCCAUCGCUACUUGUGCACAAUAACGCCACGUUCAGCGAGGCAGACUUUCAGUCGAUUCAGCGCAUUGGGGACUCGCUCAAAAAAACGGAAUCGAAGGGGUGGAAGACUGGACGCUUUGGAGUCGGAUUUAAUUCCGUGUAUCACGUAACUGAUCUUCCUGUCUUCGUAAGCGGCUCACAACUCGUCUUUUUUGAUCCUCAGGCAUGUCACCUACCAAAUGUCAACCCUAGUAAUCCAGGAAAGAUGAUCGAUUAUAUUGCACAUCCUACAUUUGUGCAUAAAUUUCCAAACCAAAUGUCUCCAUUUCAAUGCUUUGGGUGCAAUUUUUUGGACCCCUUUCCGGGAACCAUUUUUCGCCUCGCGCUCCGGACCAAAGAACAAGCACUGCGGAGUAACUUAUCGGAUCGUGCUCAAACGCCUGCAAUGAUGGCCGAAAUGCUUGAGGAAUUUGCUGACAUUUUACCAACUGUAUUGCUUUUCUUGCGAAAUGUGUCGAAAAUAUUGAUAUGGGAAUGGAAUGUUGGUGAGAACGCCCCAACCGCUCGGCACGAAGUUAUGAUUCAUGAUAUGACGCCGGAAAUCAAAACAAAACGCUCACUUCAGUAUUGCUCGACAGAUCAGCAUCCCACUUCGCACUUUUCAACCGAUGGUGUUGUUUGUGACUAUCCACUGACAAUUAACUCUCACUAUUGCACCAAAAGGAUGACCAAAACAUACGAAUACUUAAUAAUGAAUCAGCUUGGCGGUGGUACUUGCACCGAAAUUGCUUGUAAGCCAAGUAACGCAAGCCAACGUCUUGUUCCAUGGGGUGGUGUUGCUGUUCUAAUGAACGGCGAUUUUGCAAAUUCUGCUAAUAAUGGCUUGGCGUUCUGUUUUUUGCCAUUGCCCACACAUACACAUUUACCUGUGCACGUAAACGGGUAUUUUGAACUUUCAUCAAACCGUCGGGACAUCUGGUUUGGCGAAGGUUUGAGUGGGGAUGGACUGCUUCGAGCACAGUGGAAUAUUGCCUUACUGCGCGAUGUGAUUGCACCAUGUUACGCCAGAGCAGUCUCACAUCUCGCAAACAGUCAAAUUCUAACUCCUGAUCGACACGUCCGGUUACUACCGCAAGAAUUUCCACCUGCUCCCUGGGACUCCUUAGCACACGCUUUCUUUUCGCUAAUACGUUGUGUACCGUGCUUGUUUAGUGAAGUCGGAGGUGGGAGAUGGGUAGCUCCCGCGGAUAGUAUGGUGAUUCCCCACACACACUUAGACUCGAAGAAGCUAGAGCAAUUGCUGAUUCAAGAUGGUUUUCCUAUCGUCCGCAACUUGAACGAAAAUCUAGAGCGUUCAUUAAUUAAGAGUGGAACGAUAUCGUCUUAUGUCGUGCCACAAACCUUACGAGACGCAUACAAAAACAAGCAUUCUAGCCAUGCCGGUGACCGAUACGCGGUCAGGUGCAUAGUAGACUUCAUGCUAAGUGAUCUGGAGCCAUGUCGCUUGAAUGUACUUGUCGGCGUCAAAUUUCUGCCAGUGGCAGAUGGAACUCUUCAGAUGUUUGAAAAUCACCUCACGUUUGAUUCUAAUCAGCUUGAUAAAUUGUGCUCGAUGGGAUUUGCGCGUCAACACGCUGCUCACGCGCUAGCAAUUACGGGAAAUUCCGGUGUGGACACGGCACUUGAUUGGUUACUUCAAAAUCCGAUCUCUUCGGCCGUACUUCGAGAAAAUGCUAAGAGAAUUUAUUCAAUCCCAAAUUAUGAUGAGCUGAAGUUGCUGGAAAAAGCACGUUGCCAUUUGGUGGAUAUUGAAGCCAUCAGUGUAUCUGGACUAGAGCUUUUAUCGUCAAAUGAAGUGCAAAUGCAGCUGAAUUUACAGCCGCUAACAUUUCAAGAGUUUGAAGCUAUGCUGGCUGUGGUUUUGCCUGCUUCGUGGUUUGGAAAAGUUACAGCCACCUGGAGUGAAACAGAUGAUGGAGAUGAACCAAACGAGGAAUGGUUUCGACAAUUAUGGAAAUAUAUUGGCCCUAGCAGGCAUCUUUCAUUGCUCAAAGAUACAUGGCCUAUUGUGCCAACAUCAUCACACAAAGUAGCGCAGCUGAGCAGUCUAAGUGGGGUUUUGAGCGCCGAUUUAAUUCCUGAUGGAUGCCUCAGUAGUCUACAAAAGCUACAAAUUCCUGUGCUUCUUCCAAAUCUCUUCGCAUCUUUUCAGCCGAACCCAAAAGUGUGGCAAUAUAUACACCAACCAACCCCCGUCGGUGUGUUAUCCUGCAUUGAUGUUGCGUUAGGCAAAAAAAAACUGGAUGAAGUAAUCACAUCUUUUGAGCCCACCGACGCGGGUGACCGGGAUCACCUGCUUAAAUUUCUGAUGUCUGGGGAUAUCAGUGACAUGAAAGCAGACCACCAGAAAGUUUGCUGCAAGCUGCCUAUUUUCCGGGGUUUUAAAAGCAUAUCGCAAAUGGAAGUGUUUGACGCUCAGUGGGUCAGUAAUCAUGGUGACUCAGUUUGCGAACCUUUUUCGUAUGUGUUUGUGUCACUAGCCGAGAUAAGAGAACGGCAGCAGGAGCCUAUGAUAUGCAUUGGCGUGGCUGAGACUUUUCUUGACGAAAACUUUGUUUUUGUAGAAGAAGGCGACUUAACGCUAGCAAACUUCUUGUCGCACUUGGGUGCUCGGCAAAUCUCUAAAGUGGAGUUUUACGCGAAGCAUCUUAUUCCUCGCAUCGUUCGAAUUGACCUUACUGCCCGCAUAAAUCUCGUGUAUCACAUGCUUUUUGAAUUACCACAUUUGAUGGCGCAGGAUGAUGAAGGCAUUUUGUCACGAUUAGUAGAGACUGCCGUGAUAUACCCCACGAUGGCAGGCGAUUUGAAAUCGAUCGGAGACUUGUAUGAUCCAGAGAUUGACGACUUCAUGGACAUAAUGGACGAAUCUUUUUUUCCAGCCCUAGAGCUACAAGAUCCCCAGCCACUGUCUGCACUUAGAACAAUAGGACUACAGCGCACAUUGUCUCGACGGUCCAUUCUGUCAUUGGCGGUGUCCUUAGAAAAUACACAGAAAAAAAUCGUGUCGGGUAGCGCUGGGCAAAACGGUGCUGAUGUAGAUGAUUUGUGUGCAAAGCUGCGCUCCCGCUCAGUUCGAUUUUUUCAGUAUGUGGAUUCACAUAUAGACCAGCUAGUAGCGCCACGUACACUGCGCCGACAUGCGUAUACUCAAGUAAAGACACGCAAAAAAGUCAAAAGAAUUCAAUUCCUGCGAAGUCUUAUAGGCGAUGAUCGCUCGCGCAAACUUGAUACAAGUCAGGAUAACAACGUGCCAAGCGCAGAAGAGCUGGGUGAUCAAGCUAUGGAGAAUGCAGAAAUAGAAGAUUUUAAAGCGAAGCUAACAAUCAUUGAAUGGAUUCCAGUGUGCGAGACUAAUCCGCACCCUGCCGCACCAUGGUAUCAAGAGGGAAAGAGAGUCAUCGUUGCAUCCUCGCAGCAGUCCCGUCCAAUAAAGCAGUUAUGGCUAUGCUCCUCUCAAUUUCACAUUAUUAAGUCCUCGGUGCACUCAGAAGUUUUGCGGGAAAUUUUAGGCUGGGAAAAGCGCCUACCAGUUCAGACGAUUGCUACUCAGCUUAAAAAGAUAUCAGAACUAUUUGACAGCCGUCGGACGCAACGCAAUAGUAGUGGGCCACAUUCCAGUGAUACUCACGUGAUUUGGCCCGCGGUGUACAAUAUUUAUCAGAUGUUAUCUGUAUUUUUUGAGACCGAGCAGGAGUCCACUCGCCGUGAAGAAGUUCUAACGAUCUUAUCGAGAAGCGGCAAGUAUGUGUGGGUGGGUGACCGCUUUGUGUCGGCAAGUCAUGUGGCUACGGUGACGAUUGUAAAUGCAGAGCCAUAUUUGUACUCGGUUCCCAAUGAGCUACUUCAUUUUCGACCUUUCUUGAAGACGGUUGGAGUUCGAGAAAGGUUUGCGUUGGCGGACUAUGUCUAUGUUCUUGAAGCUAUGUACAAGGAUUCUCUAAAUGUGAUGACCUCAAAUGAAGGUCACACAGACGCAGCUCCUCUCUCCAGCGAUAGGCUGACGACAGUGAUUGGACUAAUUCAGCUGAUUAGUGACACGCUGCAACAUCACUCCGAUUACGAAUUGUUUGCUCCCGAUCGCAAUGGAGUGCUUCAUUUAGCAUCAAGUUUGACAUUUGAUGAUGCUCCUUGGCUGGACAAAUUCAGUAACGAAACCUCAUUAGAAAAGACUCGAUUUAUCCACUCUAAAAUCUCGAACGACGUUGCGGCGAAAAUUGGAUCCCGUCCGUUGCGCAACCAAUUGCUCAGUGAAAGUGGCCGGGAAGAUUUGAAUUUUGGUGGCGUCGAGGCGUUUGGGCAGACUGAAGCACUUACAAAGCGAAUCGCGCACAUUCUAGAACAGUAUCCGGAUGGGCCAAAUAUAAUUAAUGAACUCAUUCAGAAUGCCGAUGAUGCGGGUGCCACGUGUGUUUCCAUUCUAUACAACAACUGCACAUACGGAACUUCUUCGUUGUUAAGCCCCUCAAUGGCGAAAUGGCAAGGGCCGGCUCUUUAUUGCUACAAUGACUCUGAGUUUACUGAUAAAGAUUUUAUCAAUCUUGCAAGCAUAGGUCAAGCAAGCAAACUGCAACGUGCAACGACCACGGGGCGAUUUGGACUUGGCUUCAAUUCCGUGUACCACUUUACAGACUUACCAUCAAUUGUUUCAGCCAAGUCAAUUGUGAUAUUCGAUCCUCAUGCAACUCAUUUGCCCCACAUAUCGGCCGCGAAUCCGGGAAUGAAGAUUCGCUUCGCAAACGCAAACAUUGUGAAGCAAUUUCCCGACCAAUUUGCGCCAUUUAAGAAUGUGUUUGGAUGUGACAUGGAACACCACUACAAAGGCACUCUGUUUCGUUUUCCACUUCGAAAUAGCACUCUCGCAGAAAUCAGUCAGAUCAAACGUCGGGGCUAUUCACACUGCGAAAUCGUCGAUUUAUUCAAAAGCUUCCAGGGGUCGAUAAUUGACACGAUGUUGUUUCUUCGGAAUGUUCGCAAUGUCAACGUGUAUUUUCAGACGAAAAUUGAUCAACCACCUGUAUUUCUGUAUGGUGCAGAAGUGCCAGCAGAGGAGCGUCGUGAAUCAUGGCGAAAAAUUGAUUAUUUUUUGCGGACCGAUCAUUUAUCGGAAACUGAUGUUACGACGGAACUUAGCGCAAAACGAAAUCUUUACAAACGCUUGCGGUCUACUCCAACCGAAGAUUUGCCCUACGUGACCCAAGUGCUUAAUAUUCGACGUCGUGAACAUCAAGAAAUGAUCCUUCGUUUUGAAGAAAUGAAAAAUCAAAAAGAAUUCAAAAUAGACGAUGACACGGUACAGAUGCGCAUAAAAGAUGAGAUGGAGGAGAUGGAGGAGAGUAUAGAAAAAUACUUGAUAUGCAACCAAAUUGGUGGGGGAAAGGCCCGCGAAAUGGCGUGUUCCGCGGAGAACGAGUCUUUGAAACUUAUUCCGUGGGUAGGCAUAGCUGGUCGUAUUGACGGAGUACCACUGGAAGGCCGAGCCUUUUGCUUCUUACCUCUUCCCGUUCGUAAUGGCUAUCCAGUCCAUGUAAACGGCUAUUUUGAACUGUCCUCAAAUCGACGCGACAUCUGGACCGGAGACGAUAUGAAUGGCGAUGGAAAAUUGCGGUCAGAAUGGAACGCAAAGCUGCUGACGGAUGCAGCUGCACCCGCCUACCUAAACUUUUUAUUAACAGCGAAAGCUAUAUGUCAGGAGGAUCCCUCUCAGUAUUUGUCGUUUUUCCCAACGUGUCUACCUUCCAGUCCUUGGAAUGGCGUUGCUCUUGAACUUUUUCGCAUCAUGAAAAACAAACCAAUUUUUCUUGCGUCAACAAGCCAGCAUAUGAAUGACAGAAUAAUGAGAUCUCCAAGCAACUUUGUCGCUCCUGGCUCCUGCAUUUUAGUUGACGACACCAUUAGUGAGUGGAGAAUUCUUGAAGACGCACUGGGCACAGCAUCACUAACGACAGUGCAACUGCCGGUAGGAAUACGCAAUCUCUUAAUUCAAAGCAAUGCUGUUUGUGGAGCGAUGACACCCGACUAUUUUCGACGGCUUGCGCGACAAGGAAAUUUUCUUCCAGGUUUGGCUCAAAACUCGCUAAAGCGAGUUGUUCAAUUCUGUCUGUCGGAUUUAUUGAAUUCGCCUUUUUCUUCUGCGGCUCAAGCUCUCAACCAUUUACCGCUACUGCCGCUUAUGAAUGGAAAGUUUGAACGACUGUGCUUUAUUGAUGGAAACUUGCAAAAUGAUGACACUGACACUGACAUGGACAAAAAACAGCGCCAGAUAUUAUAUUUUGGGAAUGUAAUCGAGGAACAACUCUUAGUUGGCUUUCAUCAUCGACUUGUAAGCAGAGAGUUUAAGGAGUUGUUUGAUCAGCUACCCACUCUGUAUGAAACCUCGAAUCUUGGUGUGUUAAAUCUUGAUAUCAUACUAGAACAAUUUUUGCCGCAAGUGUUGGGCCGUAGCUGGCACAAAGUUGAGAAAAAUGUGUUUGCCCUUGCGUCGCCUUUAGAACCUGAGGGAACUCAAGCUAAAAAAGACUGGUUGCGCUUGUUAUGGACGUAUGCAGAAUCCCUGCUCCAGACGAUAGAGCAACCGCCCCAAAGUUUUGUGAAAUUGCCGUUGGUUCCCGUAUUGUGCGACGAAGAAAAUCGGUGGAUUUGUCUCUCGUCUAACGUCAGCCUUGUUUUGCCUGAUGCGCAAGUGUCAUCGAGUGUUCUCAAUCAAUUGCAGCACGUUCUGGCGAAGGUCGACGUUUACAUAGUGAAUACGUCAUACGUAAGCGGUGAAAGGUGUUUGCGGUGGCUGUUAGCACGGAAGUAUGCUUAUAAGGUCACUUCGGAUGGGGUUCUGGCAGCCAUGAGCCGUAGUCAAUUUCAACAUGACCGUCAUAGCUUUGAUGACAUUUUUGCUGCAACGACGGCUGGCGAGCGGCAGGUGCUAUGUGAUUUUUUUGCUCGAAAUACCUUUGACACCAUAUCAAAGGAUUUCCAGUCAGUUCUUUUUGAGAUUCCUAUAUUCCCUGUGUAUACAAAUCAAACAGGUGAUACCCAAAUCAGCAGUGCUGCGCGUUAUGUCAGUUUAAGUCGAGGAGGCUACUUACCUGACAUGGAUGUAGAUAGCGCAAUUCUUGAUAGCUCAUUUUUUUGCGCUGAAAAGCAGACGCUACGAAGAUUUUUGCGAGAUUGCGGUAUAGAUGAAUGGACCUCCACAAAGAUUUUGCUGGAUCAUGUUUUCCCACGGUUGCAGGUGUUAGAAAGACAGGAUGCUGAUCUGGUCGAUUCUGUAAUUGUUAGUGCCCUGGAGACUCUCUCUCACCAUCAACGAAAUAAUUCACGAUUUCGCGACUUUGUUACAUCCCAAGCCAUCAUACCGUCAAGGAAACGAGUAUUUCGGGAAAUUCAUCAGCUACACGAUCCUAGUGUGAGCGAAUUGAGCGAACUUGUGGGAGAUAACAGUCUUCCAGCUCAGGCUUUUUCGACCCCAUCAAUGAUUCACAUUUUGCGGUCGCUGGGGCUUCAAACUGGAUUAUCCUGUCAAGCUGUGCUGGAAAGUGCGCGGUCCAUUGAAGCGAUGUAUUCUGAAUGCGGUGGUGAACUUGCUGAAUCGGCGUCUUUAAAAGCCCACAGCCUGUUAUCAAUUGUCAAUAAACACUUUGAUAUGAUGAUGCUCGAAUCGAACGCAAGUGAUCCCGUCACCGAGAAUCAAGAAAAUAGUGGGAAUAGAUCUCAAGAUAUUGCAGCAAGCCUGAAAGAAAUUUGUUGGUUACCUAUCAAGCUGGAAUCACCUGAUCCCGCAAUGCCAUGGAAAAGACUAGUUAAAAAUGGCAACAAUCAACCAAUACUUUCAAAUGCAGCGCAAACACGCCCUAUGAAAGAUGCGUGGUACUGCUCUUCUUCAAUGGAUAUUCUGGACGGCGAACUCAUAUCCAAAGAGCUCAUUCGUGCGUUUGGAUGGAGCGAACAAAUUGAAUCUUAUGUAAUAGCAAAGCAGCUCGAAGCCAUUGGCUUGCGAUGGCAAGAAUAUAGCCGCAAAAUUGAGGCCGAUACGUCGCCGCCGUCUUUCAAGUUGCCUAGCUGGCGAUUUCCGCUAUCGGAAAUUCAAUCAAUGUAUGAUGUUCUUGAAUAUCAUCGCUUGUCAGACGGAGAAGGUUGGCAAACGUCUCCAGUAUAUCGCAAGCUUGCAAAUGCUUUAUGGAUUUGGACAGGCAAAGAAUUUGUUUACCCUUGUCAGAUUGCUGUUAAGAGUGAUGCCGCCUUAGAGCCUCUAUUGUAUUGCUGUCCGAGUGAACAUAUUAUUCCACGAUCGCUACUAACUUCUAUCGGUAUUAAAACAUCUUUUUCAACGGCUGAUUACCUUGAGGCAUUGAUACGACUGCCAAGAAACGUAGCUUUGACCGAAAAGCAAGUGGCGGCAUGCCAUAAGAUCUAUCAAAUCCUGGCAGACGACACAGCAUCAUUAGAGGCAGCCUUGAGCUCGUUUGUGUCACAAGACAUGGUUUUGCUGGAUCAGUCCAAUUGCCUUGUUCCUUCUAUGCAGUUGGUUUUUGAUGACAUGGAAUGGGACGAGUCACGAGAAGUACGGCGUGGAACGACGUUUGUAUCAAGUAAAGUUCCAAAAUCUGUAGCGGGAUUGCUCGGUGCAAUGUCAUUACAUUCCAAACUCGCUCAGACGUCUGUAACCAGUCGGCGUGUAAUGUGUCCAUCUGCAGAUAUCUUGCAGAGUGUCUUACCGUCGAAAUCUGAAUGGCAUCAUGCGCUACUUUGGGAAACAAUAUUUGCAGCCGAGCGAUUAGGAGGAAAACAAGUAGACUUUUUUCUAGAUUACCGACAUCAUCCUUCGCAGCGUGUGAUCCAGCCAUCGUUACAAGCGCUGCAAGAUGAAGCGUUGUGCAUCCACAUUCACGAUCUCGUACUGAGUGAGCACGAUAUUGACAACUUGUACGAUAAAGAGUCUCCGCGCGCAGGGCUUCUUUGUGGUUUUUUUGUGUCGGACUGCAUGCAGAUUUUGAGCGGAGAGCGCUAUUAUAUUCUGGAUCCAACUGGUAGCUAUCUGUCAUCAUCGACUGGAACAACAGCUGUCCCGGCAAGUAUAGGUCGACAGUACGAAGUGCUUAGCCAAGGUUUUGUUCGAUAUCCUGACCAGCUACUACCAUUUACAACCCUUCCUUCUUGUUCAAGCAAGGUAUCUCAUGAGACGCGAAGUACAUUAAUCCGAUUUCCCUGGAGAAAGUCAGAGACGGCUAGACCAUCUUAUAUGCUGGAUGCGGAUAAAGCGGACAAGUUGGUUACAUUCAUUAAGGCACAGCUAUACCAGACGUUGAUAUUUACAGAAUCUAUUCACCGGAUUUCACUUUGGAGUGUGGGCAAAGAAUCUGAAUUUGCAUCCCAUUGCCAUGGUGAAGUAAGUCUUCAUGCGAUCGAGCGUACGCUUCAGAAACGAAACAUGACACGAAAGAAUCAAGACUGGAAGAAAAGGUUUUCUCUGCAAAGUUUUUUUAAGAGCCCAAUGACACCGGAAAACCAAAUGAAGUUUGUAGUAAAUCUUGAGCUGGAAAACAAGCAGUAUCGUGACACUUGGCUGUUCGCUGAUAAUAUCGGCAUGGGGAGAAGCCGUGAUUUGGCCUGCACCCCGGUACACGAGAUACUCGACUCGAUGCCAUACGUGAGCGUUGCGUGCCAUAUUUUUCGCGACAACAGCCCACCUCCUCGACUUCGCGGUCGAGUUUAUGAUAUUGUAUGCUCGCAUCAACAUACGGGACUACCAGUCCACGUGAAUGGUAGUUUUAAAAAGACACUGAAGGACAAGCAAUUUGCACUGACCACGAUUGCGAAUUCAAGCGGUCAAAAAGAAAACUCAGGCAGCGCAAGCGGUAGCGAGUUACAGAUCGCAUCUGAAUGGAAUCGCAUUCUACUAGAAGACGGUGUCUCGGAUGCGUACGCAAAACUUCUCGUGCUUGCCAAGCGGUGCUAUGAAAGGUCUUAUCCGAAGGCUCUUUACAAUAUUUGGCCUACAAUACACAAGCGUGGAAGAGGCACAGAUUUUGGCAUGAUAGUGCAGACACAUGUUUUCCAUUCUGUUAGUACACGAGAGCUAUUCCUAUGCUCUGACGGGAAUUUUCGUGCCUUGAAUAACGUCUACCAGCUCGACUUGGGCGGCAUGAAUCUUCAGGUGUCUUCAUUUGCUCAAAUGCACUUUCCAGCACUAAAGAUACCGACACAAAUUCUGCAAGAUUGCUCUCGCCUUCUACCGUCGCGCCUUCAUGCUUUAACACCGCGAGUUAUGCGUCGUUUCUUGAGGAGCGUGAGUAGCUCAGAGGUUCAUUCCGAUGUAUGCUUAUCCUUGCUCGAAUAUUGUCUAAGUGAUUUGCCAUUCCCGUUACCAAGCGAAACGGAUCCAAUUUGGGCUGAGUUUCACGGACUUUCACUACUGCCUCUGGAAGAUGAGAGCAUUGGUGUGCUUCGGGUAAAUCAACGCCGCACGAGCUAUAUUGUCGCUUCAUUCAACCAAAUUGAACUGCUCCGACCACUACGAAAUCUUUUUAUCUCAUUAGCCACAAGGCAAAGACUUUCCAAGUACUUUUCAGAUGCUCGCUUCACCUCAGUUUUUGGAAUAGUUUCUUUUUCCAUUAAAAUUUUGUCGGAAAAUAUUGAUCGUGUGCUUCCGCUGUCGUGGAAAAACCAAGAUGUGGUCAAUUGGGAUCGAAGCUCGCCGAUUGAAAUUGACGAGCUGUGGCUUUACCGCUUUUGGCAGUGCGUACAUUUUGAUCGCCGUUCUUUGGAAUACUUUGCGAGCUGGCCAUUAAUACCCACAAAGGAUUCACGACUCGUCUCAUGUGCUAAGAGGGAUAUGGCAGUUUGUGUCUGGGAUGGUUCGGCUGAUAGUGAAAUAUCAGCUCUGGUUGCUAAAGCCUUUCAGACUUCUACUACGGAGCAUGAAAACAAAAUGGCAGAUAUUGAGGCUGAAUGCAAGCGGUUGAUAGACCUUAGCUUGGCUAAAUUUAAACAAGACGAUGAAAUAGCUGAAGACAGAAGCUCAGAUGGUGAAGAAAGUGGCGAAGACGAGGCAGAAAGGGAAGAGAAUGAUGAGGAUCAGAAUGCUGAGGAUGGUGGGAAAAACUCUGCACAUGACAUUGAAAUUCGAUCUCCAAUUGGCGACAUCAGCGAUGUGAUUGAAGAUCCAUCAGCCGAAAGAGCACAGAUUUCAAGUGUCGGUAGUUAUGCGGGAAGCGAAGACACUGAGGAAAGUGGUCUUACAAUUUCUGGUCCUGUCUUUUUAAACACCAACUCUGGUGAAAAUAACAUUCACAGGUCUGAAACUGUUUUUGGCGAGGAUUUCACCACUUCUAUGUAUCCAAUUGAAGAUGGAGCACUCGAGUUCUGUAGUCGCGAGACUCUUCACAACGUUCUAAUGGAUUUGAACGUACCAAUGCUGGAGCUUGCUUAUCUUGGGGGUCAAGAGCACGAUGUUGUACCACGUAGUACGGAUCUCGCUAUAGUUGUUCUUGAAGGAUUUCUUGCAUCUUUAUGGAAAGAGCUCGGCUGGAAAAAACUGAAGGAAACAAACGCUGUACUCAUUGCCGGGCUUUUUGCUCAUUAUAGCGAGACUUGUGGGGGCUUUAAUCGCGUUCAACUGGAAAAACUUAAACAACUUCCAAUUUACGUAAAUAUUCGCAGCGUACCUUGCGCAAUGAACGGCUCUAAUGAAUAUUAUUUGAUUCCACCAGACCUCGACUUAACAGACAUUCCACUACCUUCAAAUGCACAGCAGUGCUUUCUCAAGAGUCAUCCGAGCCUAACUUCUUUUUAUAAGGAGCUCGGAGUGAAUGAAAUGAGCGACAGCAAGCUACUUAUUUACAUUUUUCCAAUGUAUAGUGACUUAGUGGAAACACAACGCGAGCAAGUGCUGAAUGUCUUGCUGCACAAAUGGCAAUCACUACGUGGCAAUGCCGAAUUGACAGCUAUACUCAAGGCAUCGGCUCUUUUUAAGGAGGAUGAAAGCGAGGGCACAUGCUAUUUUCCAGCAAGUGCUUACUGCGAUCCCCGAAACAAGAUUCUAGCUACAAUAUAUGCUGGGUCUCGCGGUCAUUUUCCUGCACUUCGUUAUCAAACACCUGAGUGGCUAGAUUUGAUGGGUGAAAUAGGUCUGCAAACCGAAGUUACGGUCGAUAUUUUUAUCGAAUGCGCGCAACGCAUCGAUGGACAGUGUUCAGGUAAACAGGCUCUGACACCUGAGGACGAGCAAUUUACCACAACAUUACACGAGUAUUUUGUCCAGAAUUUUGAAAAAUUUGAUCGGUCACGAUCGUUCUUUGAGCAAAUAGCGACGUUGUCGUUCGUCCCAGCAGUUGUGUAUGAACACGUAUCAAGGUCCAUGAAAGGAGAUGGAAUAGUCACGUUGGAAAGUGAAGGACAGCUAACGUCGCGGUUAGUUGUCCGCAGAUACUCAGAUUGUGCGGUUCCAGAUGAUCAAGCGCUAGUGUUUUCUACAACACCAAUAUUAGCAAAUACAGCAGUGCCACCGCGCGUUCUUUAUAGCCGUUUAGGAAUCAGAUCGCCACCUUCACAAGACCAAGUUGUUAAACAUCUGCUGUCUAUCACAUCAAUUUCGUCUCGAUUACUCGAGUGGCAGUUCUUUUUACCCAUGAAUGUUGUGUUUCAGGCAAUUUUUAGUUAUCUACAGGAACAUUGGGAUGAACUGGGAACGGAAACCCAACAGCGUUUAAUACAUGCGGCUGUGAUUCCUGUUGGUUCUACUCUAGUGAAAGGCUCUCGCUUGUUUUUUCAUUUGGACGAGAAUUUGGCACCACUUAUGUUUGAAGUUCCUCGUGUGUUUGGGGCGUAUGACUCUCUAUUCAGACAUAUGGGUUCUAAAGAAGCCCCUCAAGUGGGUGAUUACAUUUCGUUACUACAUGACUUGAAGGAAGAAAGUUGUGGUAGUCCGCUUAACCUGAAUGAAUUAGUAGCAGCUGCUCGAGCGAUCAAUCUUCUUGUCGCAGCGAUGGACGAGUCUAACUAUCAACUCAUGCAAAAAGAUAAGUGUAACAUUUUUCUUCCAUCAACCUCAGCGGUCAUGCAGUCAAUGUUGGGGAUGGUAUUUAACGACUCUGCAUCGCUUUGUUCAAAAGUUGAUCUCAUGGAACUGCAUGUCGUCCACCCUCGUAUUAGCAUGAGGUGUUGCAAAAAGCUUGGCGUACCAGGAAUUACCAGUAUUGUGACAGAAGAAUUAGACGGUAGCGAUCUUCUAACUGAAUUUGUUAGUGAUGAAAUUGCACAUAUCAGCAGCGUGCUGGCCUCGCAGCACUUUGCUCACGGUUUGCGUAAGAUUAUUACUGCUCAACAGCAAAAAGCCUCUUCAUAUGAUACGUUCGAAUUUAUUCCCGACUUUGAAGAUCUCAACCAAAGGAUCAUGGAUCUGUCGGCGUAUGAAGUCAAAUGUGUAGCGGAGCUGCACACACGCUUUGUCGCAAAGUUGGAGUUUCCUACCCGCAGAAUUGAUGUGACUAAGACAUCGCGCAGAGGAAGUUUGUCAUUCUUGGACCAGGAACGACAACGAAUAUAUAUUUUAAAACGGACGCAGGAGGAGCACUUUGAAACGCAAAUACGAACGAGCCAUUUAGUCGCUCGGUGUGUUAAUCAGCUCUUGGGAGGAGUGUUGCAGGAUUGCUCUGUGCUUGAGUCUAUCAUGACCUGCGAUGAGUUGGCAAUUCCCGACGUGUUGCAGCUGCUUGACAUUUACGAAGAUCCUAUGCUUAUCGUGGAGAAAAUUCGCGGAGUAUUAGGACAGCCUCUGUGUGAGACGGACUAUGCUAACGUGGAGCUGGCACCUUUACGCUCUUGUCUAUCUGGAGAGCUCGUCGCCGUAGAAGAUGAAAGAGGAAGAUUAUGCUACGGUAAGACUUUACGAGGAGAGGCUAGCGACGUCGAAGGUGUUAGUCGAUACUUAGUGAGGGUCGACAGCUUGACUACUCGAUGGAUGUUAGCCACGCAAUUGUAUUUCUUCCGCUCGGCUCGCGUGGGAACUAAUGGCAGCAGUGCUAGCCUACGGACCGAGAGGGAAGAAUAUGUUGAAUUGCCCCAGUCAGUCAUAGCAAUUAAACCAGAAGCCCAAAGCACUGACAAAGUAUCCAGCAGAUUGGUUGUUGCGGCAUCUGAAGGGGUGGUUCCCUCGUCGAACAUUCUGUCCGCUGUAAAUGAAUUAUUGUCCCGUCUAAAUGUAACACUGGACACGAAUGUCGAGGAUCUGGUGGCUGAGAAUGCUCGACUGCAGCGCCGUUUGGAGUUAGCUGAAGCAGGUCGCCGUGCAGCCGUGAGCCGAAUUGACUCGGCGAAUCGCGAGAGGAAGGAGAUGCAGGACUCGCUUAUAUGUGCUGUGUGUCUAGAGAACAAGGUGGACCGCGUAUUGAUCCCGUGUGGUCAUAUUUACUGCACAUCAUGUAUACAACAGUUGCCACGACCCUCAUGCCCUAUUUGCCGCGAGGGCAUUAUAUCAAGUUCAGUGUUUCAUGUUCCAUCCUAA